CGUGCGGCGACUGGUAAUAAUCGUUUUGUAUAACGAAGUUAAAUAUCUAAUAAAAUGUCGGAAACUUCAGAAGACGAACAGGAGCUACAAUCAAAUGACGAUGAGGAAGAAUUUAGUGGCGGGGAAGAAACGAAUAAUGAGAUUGAUGACGCGAAUAAUAAAGAAGCAGAUGCAAGUAGUGACUCAGACGAAGAAGGUGAAGCUACCGCUAAUCAAGAAGAGAAACUGACAUGGGAACAACUUGGCCUGAACGAAACGCUUUGCAAGGCCUGCGAGGAGCUCAAAUGGAAACAGCCAUCGAAGAUCCAACGAGAGGCCAUACCAGUAGCUCUCGAAGGCAAGGAUGUAAUUGGCUUGGCGGAAACCGGUUCUGGCAAGACAGCAGCCUUCGCUUUACCCAUAUUGCAUGCUCUUCUCGAAAAUCCGCAACGUUACUUUGCUUUAGUGCUGACGCCCACACGCGAAUUAGCCUUUCAAAUUGGUGAACAGUUCGAGGCGUUGGGCAGUGGCAUUGGCAUCAAGUGCUGCGUGGUCGUCGGCGGCAUGGACAUGGUUGCCCAGGGCCUACAGCUAGCCAAAAAACCACAUGUUAUUAUAGCAACUCCAGGUCGUCUUGUUGAUCAUCUUGAGAAUAUGAAAGGAUUUAACUUAAAAGCCAUUAAAUAUUUGGUCAUGGAUGAAGCCGACCGCAUACUUAAUAUGGAUUUCGAAGUUGAACUCGACAAAAUACUAAAAGUGCUACCACGAGAACGUAGGACAUUCUUAUUUAGCGCCACGAUGACAAAGAAGGUGAAAAAGCUACAACGUGCUUCUCUAAAGGAUCCCGUGAAGGUAGAAGUUUCAAACAAAUAUCAAACCGUCGACCAACUGCAACAGUACUAUCUCUUCAUACCGGUCAAAUACAAGGAUGUAUAUUUAGUACAUAUACUUAACGAAUUAGCCGGCAAUAGUUUUAUGAUAUUCUGCAGCACGUGCAACAACGCGGUAAAGACGGCUCUAAUGUUGCGUUCCCUUGGCUUUGCCGCUAUACCAUUACAUGGGCAAAUGUCGCAAAACAAGCGCCUAGCCGCGCUCAACAAAUUCAAGUCGAAGAACCGGUCUAUUCUAAUAUCGACAGAUGUUGCUUCCAGAGGUUUGGAUAUUCCACACGUGGAUGUUGUUUUAAAUUUCGAUAUACCCACACAUAGCAAGGACUACAUACAUCGAGUGGGACGAACCGCGCGUGCUGGCCGUUCUGGUAAGGCUAUCACAAUUGUCAGUCAAUACGACAUCGAACUGUAUCAACGCAUUGAACACUUGUUGGGCAAACAAUUGCCGCUCUACAAGUGUGAAGAGGAUGAAGUUAUGGCACUGCAGGAACGCGUGGCUGAGGCGCAACGCACAGCAAAACUGGAGCUCAAAGAUCUAGAAGAGAGCAAAGCGAGCAGGGGCAGGGGAAAACGUGGAACGAUGGAUCAUGAUGACUCCGAGAAUUUUACAGGGGCAAGGAAACGCAUGAAACCAAUGGGAGGAAGUCAAAAAAUGACUGGCAAAAAAAACUGGAACAAGAGCAAGACGAGAAAAUAAUAAAUGCUAAGAUGCUUAAUUAAGUGUAGGACAGUAAAGAAAUACAAUUUUUAUAAAAUAAAGAGAAUUAUUUUAAACAGUA